ACGAAAUCAAAAAAUAGAAAGGAAAUCCAAUAAACGAAACCUAUCAAAAGAUGGAUAACUGGUGGAUGUAUUACUACCAAAGUGCCGAUACGUCGACGACAACAACGACGACGACGACGGCGACGGGCACAUGCCCAAAGGAGGCCAAUCGAACUUUGACCUUGGUUAAUGAAUGGCCCCUGCGUCUAUGGGAACUAUGGAUGGAAUUCUAUCCCAAUUAUCUACACUAUUAUCAACUAUUUAGACAAUUGGCCAUCGAAAUGAAUUCAUUUAGCCAACACAUCGUGGAAACUCUGUCGCAGGAUCCAAUUUUUGUUUAUACACUGCAAGUGUCAUUGCUUCUAUGCUUCUUCUAUGUGAUGCACUUGCUUAGCCUAUGGAAUGCCGAAAGACCAGAGACGGUGGAAACAUUGCUCAAAGCCACACCAGAUAUAGCCAAAGAGUUGAGCUGUGACUUCAAUUUCGUAUCGGAUCAAGAGAAACGAGCAGCCCAAGAGGCAGCCACCGAAGCUCUGCUCGAGGUGGAGGAGAAGAAGCGCCGCAAACGUUUCACCAAGAAACGGAACUGUGUCUCGGCCGGUCCCAUUCUAAUAGCGUUGCGUCAACAAUCGCAACGACCCAAACACCGGCAUCGGAGAGUUGCUGCUCCUCUGCAGUUUGAGCCUGUGACGCCAGGAGAACAAAUAUUGGAGAACUACUUGCCACCCAGAGAUAAGCCAUUGACCAUUAAUUUGCCAAUGCCACCAGCUCCAGUUGCGGAAUCUGUGGAAGUGCCAGUGAUCAAAAGAGAGCAGGAACAGGAGGUGGUUGUAGCGGAAACGGAAAUGGAAACCGAUAUUGCAGCCUUUAUCUCGGAGCCACGUGGAACAUUGAGCACCACAGAUGAAAUCUAUCCCGAUUCACCGGAUAGCAGUCUCUAUGGUUCCGAUGAAGAGCAGGAGGAUGCCUCUCAGUAUUGUCGCGGUGGCUAUCAUCCGGUUGUCAUUGGCGAUAUAUUCGAUAAUCGGUUUCGUGUGGUACGCAAACUUGGCUGGGGUCACUUCUCCACUGUCUGGCUAUGCAGAGAUCUCAAAGAUGAAAAGUAUGUGGCCCUCAAGGUGGUGAAGAGUGCCCCGCAUUAUAUAGAGACUGCAGCGGAUGAGAUACGUCUGCUGGAGGCUAUACGUGAUGCCGAUCCCAUGGAUGUGAAGCGUGAACGCAUUGUACGACUGAUGAAUCAUUUUACGGUGCGCGGGGUGAAUGGCGUGCACACGUGUCUGGUAUUCGAGGCACUUGGCUGCAGUCUCUACAAACUGAUUGUGAAGAAUAACUAUCAGGGUUUGGCCAUUGCCCAAGUGAGGAAUAUCAUUAAGCAGGUGCUGGAGGGUUUGGAUUAUUUACAUAGCAAAUGCAGCAUUAUACACACGGACAUUAAGCCGGAGAAUAUCCUACUAGUCAUAGACAAUGCGGCGGCCAUGAAUCAGCAAAUUGAUGACGAGAUCAAUAGUUUGCGUGUGAAGGGUGCCGAUUUUCCCGAUUCGUAUAUCAGUUCGAUUGAGAAACAGACCAAGACUCGGGCCAAAUGGCCAAUUAUUGAACCGAAUGGCUCAACAAAUACCAGUAAUAGUACAGCAAAUAACUCAACCUCAUCGACACCGUUGGCGGCGGUUGUGAUGUCCUCGUUGGAUAAAGAUGAUACCACAACAUCGUCGACUCUUAACUCAAAUACCACCUCAUCGCUGGCCUCCAAAUACUCAAGUCUUCUUGGUGACAGCGAGUGCAAUGGUGUGAAUAGCCUGGUCAGUGCCGUAUUGGGUAGUGUAGAGAGUCCCAUAUUAGGAAUAGGAGGUAUUACGAAUUUAAGCAAUCGUUAUCGUGCUGAGAAGAAAAUCACUGCCAAGUCUUCUGAUGAUGACACCACUGAUACCGAAACAAUAGCCAGCGAUACGCCUACCGAGCAUGAUGCUUGUCUAAAUGCGGAUAAGCUACCCAACGUCACCACCAAUAAUUCCUGCCCCUCCUAUACAAAUAUAAAUACGAUAACGAAUUCAAAUACAACAACAAAUACUGCAAGCACGUGCACGUCCAUGCCAAAUGACACCAACACCAAUUGUCCUGUCACGUCCAUCUCAGCCACAGCAACAGCAACAGACCACCCAGACCCAAUUCAAGUAACAAUCAACAAUACCAGCAGCCUCUUUACAACAGCAACACAAAUAGUAACAACAACCACUGAAAUACCAACAACAACAAUCACAACAACAACAACAACAGCAACAAACGCAUCCCUUCCUCCUGAAACCUACUCCGUUCCCAAUGCCCAUCAUGUCCCUGUCAAUGCCAUUGCACCGGCUUCGACUCCAACUCCAAAUCCAGCCAACUCCACAACCUUCACCACCAGCACGUGCACGUAUUCGCAACUAGCGCCAACAACAACAACAACAUCAACAACAACAACAACAUCACCAUCUGCAACAACUACAACUAGCACUGAGCUGUACAAUGGCGACAAUACAACAACAACUACAACAACGACCUCAACAGCGACAGCUAAACUAAAUGUCAAUGCCAAUGCCAUUCCUUCGCAGAAUCAGAGUCAAAGUAGUCAGAAUUACACCCAUACGAUACAAUCGCUCAUCAACAACAGCAAUGUGCGGGUGAAGAUCGCCGAUUUGGGCAAUGCCUGCUACGAUUAUCACCAUUUCACGGAGGACAUACAGACCCGUCAGUAUCGUUCGAUUGAAGUUCUACUUGGUGCCCCCUACAAUUAUACGGCCGAUAUCUGGAGUACAGCUUGCUUGGCCUUUGAAUUGGCCACUGGUGAUUAUCUGUUUGAUCCGCAUGCUGGUGAGUCCUAUAGUCGGGAUGAGGAUCAUUUGGCGCAUAUUGUGGAGCUGCUGGGUUCCAUACCACAAUCAGUGAUAUUGCGUGGCAAACAUGGUCUCAAAUAUUUUACCAGCUAUGGCAGCCUACGUAAUAUAACAAAAUUAAAGCCCUGGAGUCUAUUGAAUGUGCUCGUAGAGAAAUACGAUUGGGAUCCAGUGGAAGCAAAGAAAUUCUCCGACUUUCUAUUACCCAUGCUUGAGUACAAUCCGGUUAUAAGAGCCUCGGCGGCUGAAUGCUUGCAACAUCCUUGGCUAGAACAGGAGGAGUUUGUCUAAGAUAUACACCAUAUACAUACAUACAUAUAGACAUACAUACAUAUAUAGAUAUAUAUAUUAAAAAUACGUACUCGUAUUUGUAGGCUUAACUUUUAUAUGCGAAAAAGAAAGAAAACAAAAGAAAACCCCAAAAAAAAAACACACA